GGCGAGCGCUGUGAUCCACCACCGCGGCACUGCAUCGUGGAUAUCUGUGGUACUCUAUCUCUCUUAAUCUUACUACGUAUUAUUCUCUGUAACAAGUAAGACGGCCUCCAACGCGCGCCUGUCCAUCCUGCGCCGGCCCCUGUGUGCGGCGAUGUCCAGACAGAAAAAAUGACAACAGAGAGAGUUGUUUUAAUUUCAGUGCUUGAAAGAGAGAAAACCCGCUUUGGUCUCAAAAUUGGGUUUUAUGCUUUUGAUGAAGGCUUAUUCUGACCGUAUAAUUAUUCGGUUCGUGGCCGGAUCGGUUCUACACAUAUACACCAAAAUCCAAAUCUUGGGUUGCUGUGGAGCCUUUGUCUUCAUCAGGCAUCUCUGGGAUGCCACUUCAUGUUCUGUGGGGGCAGGGUUUUAUGUUGGACAAAGCUCAUUUUGUCCAUCUUGGCAACAAUCUUGUGCUUCCCACCUACAGUUUAGUGUGCUACAAUGUACAACAAGGUUGUCAGUAUCCUCUGGUGGAUUUAGUGAGGGAGGAAUUGCUUCCUUUAUCCCUACCGUUUCCUUAUCUCGAAUUGGUUGAUGUUGGGGGUGGUGAACUCGCUCUUUUGUAUACCGAUUAUGAUGACUUUGGAACACACUCUUGUGGCUAUUAUUGCUGUAGGUUUACUGUUAACUUAGAUAGGGCGAGUGCUGGACUCGAUUGUUGUUCUGUGAUUUCCACCAGAUGUAUUGGUCCCAAGUUGACAUUCAGAGGCGCUCUUGCUCUGUGCGUGCCUUCUAAUGCGCUCCAGUUUUCCUAGUUCACUUUUCCUGUUUUUUAUACACUAUUUGAUUGAUUUCACUGCAUGUAUUCAGCUUGCAAAUUUGGCAACAUGUUUGCCACUGUUUUCUCUGAACAUCUUGCUGGUUAUUUUAUGUUUUCAUUUUCUGGUUUUACUUGCCUCAUUGGGUUUUUCUUUUCUGUUUUGCUCCCCCCCCCCUCCCCUGGCAGGCCAAAGCAAGUUCUUGAAGCAAGAGACAGAGUGGGCACAUCAGCAGAGAGGACUGGGUUUGUUAUAAAAGCAGAGGGGACUGGGUUUGUUUUAGAACUGUUUUAGAACUCUCUUGAAACCUGCAAGUAAUCCAACCUACUGGGGAAGAGAGAGAGUCAGAGCAGAGGAACUCUUGGUAACACUUUCUUCAUACCUGCAACAAUGUGUGACUGUUGCAGAUUAAUGUUUAUGAAUAUAAUAAUCUCUUCUAUGUAUAUGAUGAAGAUUUCAUAUACUCUGUCUCUUUUUGCUGUAACUUUCUUCCUUGUUGAAAACAGUCAAUUAUGCCCUUCUGCCUAUCUCAGGGGGGGGAAAUAUUAUGGGUGGACUUAGGCCUUGUUUGGGAACAACGUUUUCGAUUAGCGUUAGCGUUUUGGAUAAAACGUUUACUCUAUGUUUGGUUCAAGGAUUUUGAAGGAAAAGAAAAAAACGAUUUUCUCUCAUUUUCCUCACCAAAAUGGGAGGAAUUUGGUUUUCCCUCCAUUUAGUACAUUUGUCUUCUCAUUUUCUUUUCCUUCCACUUUUCCUCUCCAACCAAACAUGAAAAACAGUUUUCCACUCCAUUUUCUUUUCUUUUCCCAUUCAAAUUCCUUGAACCAAACAUUGUGUUAAUGGUGCAGAUUAUUUAUGAAAACGCUAAGCUAAAGGAUACCGUCA